GAGCGCUGUGUGGCCAGCUGUCAGCCCGGCAUUGCUCGAGCAAACACACACACGUAGACGCACGUAGCGCAGAGCAACCCAACCCCCUUCUUCCCUUCCUUCCCCCGGCACUGACGGCCGGGCCAGGCGACCCCCCACCGCCCCCCGCCGCCGCUACUGACUGCAACGAAGAGACGGAUUGACCGUCUUUAUCGACCGACUCGUGCUUUUGUGGUGCGUCACCCGCAGGGAGGUUUGACCCUGUGCUCGACUGCUGAGUCCCCACACUACACAGCAGCAGCAACAGCAGCAGCAUGGCAGCUAUGAGAUCCCAGGACGGGGCAGAAUCCGAGCCAGGCGGAAUGGCAGCAAGGCUGCAGGCGUGCCUGUCCGACAUGCUUGCCAUCAACGGACCAAACACGCAGCAAAACACUCCGAUAUACACACAGAACUCCGUCCAAGAUCCGUUCACGGACAGAAAUAUUCACAAGAACAAGACGGUCCACCUGCAGCGUGAGCUGGAGCGAGGCUGGAGCAUCGUGCCCGCUCCCCUGCAAACAAGGGCCCCUGCAAUGGACCCAUGCGUGGUAUCAGCUAGAGAGCCUGCAUACAGUUUCCGUAGCCCAGAGUCAGUGGAGAUGGAUGAGAUCAUGGCGGCCAUGGUCCUGACCAGCCUAUCCUGUAACCCUGUGCUCCAGAGUCCUCCACAGACAGAAACUGGAACAGUUGGCUACUCAUCAUCAGCUGACAUGGAGUGCGGCGGCGGCGAGCUCUCCGACAGCGGCAGCAGCGGCUACUGGAGUUGGGAUCACGGCAAUGUGAGCCCGGCCCCCUCGCUAUCCGUCCCGGAGAUGGACAGCAGCCCGGAUGAAGGCCUGAACAUGGAGUUGGAGCAGGGGGAGGAGAUUAAUACCAAAAAGCCAAAGAGCUCUUUCAAAGGUUUGUACAAGUGUCUGUGGCCCAGUUGUGGCAAGGUGCUCACAUCUUCCGUCGGAAUCAAAAGACACAUCCGAGUCCUGCAUCUGGGCAAUGGGUCAGAUCAGUCGCAGAGAGAAGAGGACUUCUACUACACUAAGAUCUCCUGUGAGGCAGUGGACACCAGCAUUGCACUAGUUCCUUCCCAGCAGGCUCUGGGACAAGCAUCCCCUCUCAGCUGGGCCCCGUGCAGCUCACCAACCGGUUUGGCUGUUCAGAUCCCGACGGCACACAGGCCAAGGUCCAACUCCAACUCUGGCCUGGGCCCAAGCCGGCCCGGUCCGCUCAGCCAGUCGGCCCCCAGCAGCUUCUGGCAGAUCCACACAGAGCAUCUCUAUCAGGCCUGUAGCCCUGUCCAGGCAUCCGUGGCCCCAAGAAGUCCAGGGUGCCACACUUUGACCACCCCAACCGCAGCCUCUGGCCACAAUAACGCUCAGAUGGUGAAACCUCGCUGUCGGUCUGUCAGUGUCGGGGAGCAAUGGCUCCAACACAACAGGCUCCAGACAAUGAGCGCGUCGCCCUCGCGCACUCACUGCUCUUUCAGGAAAGGUCGCGGGGAGGCCAAGAAAUGUCGUAAGGUCUACGGAGUGGAGCGCAAGGACCAGUGGUGCACUGCCUGCCGUUGGAAAAAAGCCUGCCAGCGUUUCCCCGACUAAACUGCACAGUGGAUGGAUGGAUGGACGGAUGCAUGGAUGGAAGGAUGGAUGGAUGGAUGGAUGGAUGAUAAAAUACAAUUUUAUCAAAAAAGCGGAUAUAGUGUAUAUAACAGCCAAUGAGAAAACAAUUCUUUUCACGUGUCAUUGUUUUUGUUGUUGUUGUUUCUUUGGGUUUUUGUUUUUUUUCCAACCAGCCUUUUUCAUAGGCUGACACACCAGAUGGUUUGUUACAAAACAAUUUGAGUUCCACCAAUUCAUAUGGGAAAAUCCAGAACAGAAACUGCUUGGCAAAAACAUUUUCUUAAGCGGUUGCAAUGUGCCGAAGAGUAAGUUUGCAGCAGCUAAUUUAAGAAGCAGACUUUUGUUGAAAUCAGGAAAAAGAAGUGUAAAAGCGAGCCUUAAUGUCGCAAAAAAACAAACAAAACAAAAAAAUGCUCCAAUGGCUGCAGCCAUUCGAAUCUCUUCAACAUUCGGAUUUCUCCGGCCAUUUAUUAUUUGUCUGUUUAUCCUUCCCUUGGGCAAUGAAGGUUUGUGUAUGUUUGUAACCUGUCAGUCUGCCAUGAUGCUAACUGUUGACUGACGAUCAUGUGACGUACUCGGCCUACAAUACUCUCCUACUUUAUCCAAAGGUCAUAUAAUUACAGCCCUUGUAACCCUUCUGUAGAGUAUUAGACUGCUUAGAUUGCUUGUUUGUUUAAUCCAACACUCUUCCGGUGGUUUAUGAUGUAUAUUAUUAUAUUGUGUGCUUUGAACAUUGUACAAGUAUUUUGUACCUUUUUUAAUGUCUCAUUAAGCCUAAUGUUUUGCGUUCUUUUUCCAUGUUUAUGGCACUUUGGUGGAAUAUAAAAUCACACAGAUAAGCUACAGUACAUUUGGUUUCAUUUAACCAGAUUGCUUCCGUAAAAAUGGAUACUCUUCCUGCCCCAUAUGUUGGCAAACAAUCAUUGUUGAUGGUUGUGGUGAAAAGAGUUUGUAAAAGCAAUAAAAACAAGAAAGAAAAGAAAAUGCCGUAUAUUGUCACACUAAAACACUGAGAAUUUGAGACACUUUUCUGCAUGACAGUCCACAAAAGAAAUAGCAAACUAUUUUAUUCCUGAUUUUCUAUACACAUUUUUACGAAGACUUACAACAAUGACUUAACGUUAAAAAUUGUUUAAAUUUACAUUGUAUUCACAAAUGUCAUGAUGUGAUGUGAGUGCAGAGAAACACACACGCAUGCAUGUGUACCGUUUCUCAAACACGCUCUACACACACAAACACACUCACGUAUACACACACAAUGUACAGACAUCAUUACAUCUCAGAAUACACUAUUAAGAUGUAAAACAA